UUGUAUAGAGCGUCGUCGUUUUGUGAGUGUGUUUAUAAAUUUUGAAUUGAAUUGCAAAAAAUGGGAGUAAAAGAUCUUUGGAAUAUUUUAUCACCCUUAUGUGAAAGAAGACCGUUGUUUGAACUUCAAGGAAAAGUUAUAGCAAUCGAUUUAAGUUGUUGGAUAGUAGAUAGUCAAAGCGUCACUGAUAAUUUUGCUCAACCGAAAAUGUAUCUUAGGAAUCUAUUUUUUCGUACUGCAUUUCUUCUUACACAAGGAAUAAUACCAGUAUUUGUAUUAGAAGGAAAAGCACCAAUAUUGAAACAUAAAACUAUUGAAAAGAGAAAUAAUAUUCGUGCUGGAUUUCAGGAAAGAAAGACUGCAAAAAAAGGGGGAAGAACUAAUUUUAAUAGAAUUCUUAACGAAUGUAAAGAGCUUCUUAAAUAUAUGGGUAUAGCAUGCGUGCAAGGUGAAGGUGAAGCUGAAGCUAUGUGUGCUUAUUUAAAUGAAGAUGGUCUUGUGGACGGUUGUAUAAGUCAGGAUAGCGAUUGUUUCUUAUAUGGGGCAAAAAUUGUAUAUAGAAAUUUUUGUAUGAGCGCGCAAGGAAAUAGAUCUGGUACUGGUGGAGCUGUUGAUGAGUAUAGGAUAGACAAAAUAGAGAAUAUAUUAAAUUUAGGAAGAAAUAAAAUGAUAGCGUUAGCUUUAUUAUGUGGCUGUGAUUAUAACGAAGGUGUAAAUGGUGUUGGAAAAGAGGCAGCUCUUAAAUUUUUUAAGACCAUUAGUGAUUCCUGUAUUUUAGAAAGAAUCAAAAGUUGGAGUACCGAUACAAAUUUUCAAAAAAUGGAGGCAGAGUUAUCAAAUCCUAAUUUAUGCACAUCGUGUGGUCACGCAGGAAAGUUACAAAAACAUACAAAAUCAGGUUGCAUACAAUGCGGUACUGUUAUUAAAUGCAAGGAUACAUAUAAAGAAGAAAGAGCACUUAUAUUAAAUGAGAUACAAAUUAGGAAAAAAUCUCUUCUUGUAGAGGAUUUUCCAGAUCAGGAACUUUUAGAUGAAUUUCUUAUCAGAAAGGAUUCUGUACCGUCAAAAUUAGAUUUAAGAUGGAAACAACCGCAAAUAGAUAAAUAUAUUGAUUUUGUUGAUAAAUAUUUAACGUGGGAACCACAAUAUGCGUUUGAAAAAAUUUUUCCUUUAGUAACAAGAUGGCAACUUCGUUAUCUUCCAAAUAUUUCUUCCGACAUGCACUUAUCUAUAAAUAAUUUAUUUAUGCCUGAAAGAAUAAAGAAAGUGCGGAAUAUAAAAUCUAUCGCUUGUUAUGAAAUUAUAUGGACAGAUAUUAGCGGUAUAAGAGAAAAAUUAAAAAUGUAUCACGAUGUAUCUGAUAAGGAAAAUAACGAUGACGAUUUUACAAAUAACGAGCUUGUAACAAUCGAACCACAAGAUGCAGUUUUGAAAUGUUAUCCAGAUUUAGUUGAAUCUUUUGAAACAGAAAAGAAUAAAAAGAAAUCACAGAAAAAAACAGUCAAUAAACGGCAAAGAAAGAUAACUAAAGAUCCAAAUAUUAAUAAUGUCGAAGAAGGUAAAACGAAAAAGCCUCAGAAAAGAAAUAAGAAAAAGCUUACGGAAUGUCCAAAUAAUAGAAAGAUUGAUGAGUUUGUCUUAAAAAAUCAGCCUUUAUCAUUAGAAGAAUCAUUUGAGAGAAUGAGUAUUACACCGAAAAGGUCUAAACAGAGAUGUGAUUCUAAUGCUAUCACAAAUGUUGAUUGCAGUAAUGCAAUAUAUUUAAAUGAUAGUAUUAAACGUCCACCACAAAUGAGAAGAAUAUUAGAAUUAGAAAAAACUAACGUAAAAUUAAAUAAUACAUUAGACAGAAUGUUUAUUGAGCUUUCGCCUGAAGAUUUUACCAGCGAAAAUGAAGAUGCUGAUCUGAAUAUAACAGGAGUAAUAGACGGGAUAUGUAAUACAUAUACUUUUCAAUGCGAGCAUGAAGAUAAUAAAGUUUUUGAUGUGAUUACAAAUGAUUUAGAAACCAUAAAUGUUUCAACGCAAGAUCAAAAUUUUAUUAAAAAUAUAGAUAGUAUAAAAUGCAAUUCUAUUGAAUCUGAUAAUGAUAUAUCAAUCAGAAAAAACACAAUGAAUGAUAUUCAUGAUGAAUUUGAUAAUAUAGAAUCUUAUGUACCAUUAUAUAUAAGAAUACAGAAGAGAUGUAAAAUAAAUACUCCUAGGAAAAGUAAAAAGCAUACGAUUAGAACAAGUAAAAAUUUGAAUAUAUCAAGAUGUAGUUUCGGUUUUGAUGAUAUUAUGAAUGAAACAGAUAUAGAAAAUGUGUAGAUUUUGUAUAUACUUAGAUUGACUAGAGUUGUACACAAUUUUUAUAUGACAUUAUAUAUUUAUUGUAAU